AAGUGCAUAAAGAAGCUCAAUUGGCAGAAGAUUUGAUAAAGGCUUUGUCAGGAAUUUCGGCUCGAUACCGCUAAUAAGUGCCAGUCUGUUCGCGCUUGCCUUUCAUUUCGCGACGCAACUCACUACGGGAUAGAGAUCUGCCGAAGGAAGCUCCACAAGUAUGGCGCUCUUUGUUAAGGUGACGUUAGUGGCUUUGUUAGCAGUGGCGGCAAACGCCGCACAAUCGGACCUAUUCUGCAUGGCAGACACGAAGAAAUGUACGGCGCGGUUUUCCGGAUACAGAUACGUGACGUCGGAGAUUUCGGACCUCACUACGCAGUUGCUGGAUCAAUCCUUCGACUUCCUAUUUCUGUCGACGGCCUUCAACCAGCACAUUAAGAAUCGUCCAGGGUUCGAGAAGGUCUAUCGCAAAAUUUCCGACCAGGCCUGGUCGGAUACGAUGUCAUUGAUGAAGUACCAAAGCAAGCGCGGACAAAGGGCGUCGUUCAACCCGGACUACAAAUACGCAAAUCACGAGCUGCGAGCGCUUUCGGAUCCGCUGCUGGCCGAAGAGCACAGUUCGCUCAAGUUGGCGCUGGAAUACGAAAAGCUAGUGGCCGAAGUGACACACGCCAUUCACAAAAAGAGCUCCGUAGCGCACCAACAUCCGGCGCAGUACGAUCCAGAUGUGGCGCACUUUUUCGAUGAGCACAUCGUGAAAGGCCGAAGCGACUCCGUCCGCAAACUCACCGGAUACAUUCACCAGCUGGACGGCAUACUGAACGGCGAUUCCUACACCAAAGAUAUGGGGCUGUACAUGUUCGAUCAGUAUCUGACGACGGUGGAGUGAAGUGUGCUACGCGAAAUUAUCUUUUAAGCUGAUAGGGAAUGUGAGGAAGAGCACGUCCGACUUAUCGUCGGGAUUAGAUCUUUAUGGGUACGAACUUAUCUCUAGCUACUGCCAAGCCAAUCGAACGAAACAGAAUUUCCUAUAGAUUUCCUGUAAAUGUCAUAAGCGAAAAUAAAAUCCGUGGCAGCAC